AGAUCUAAUGCCACAUAGUUUGCCUCACUUCUUUUUUAGUACCUAGAUGCUGCAUGAAGCUGGGUUUCUGAUACAUGAGGUAUCUAGAUGGACGGCUGUACGCGGAACUUGUCUUUCGCCGCACAUAUGUGUAUAUAAGACGGCACAUCUAUAAAUCGAUCCAAACUUCUCAACUUGAAGCUUACGGUUCACAAAUCUUAAUCAAUGCUUAUACGUUCCUGCGACCAAACCUUCCAAGCAUCGUCUUACCGUCAGUCAACAUUCAACAUGGCGCCCUCGACCGUAGUCUUCGAUUAUAGGGGCCAGAUAGUAGAUAACUGCGAGUUCUUCUUAGCCAAACAUGACGUCGUCUCCGUAGUCACCGUCAAGGACGUUCUAGGAGACUAUAAAGCAUAUGCGAUUCGGUCCAACCAGAGCUCACGAGACGCCCUUCUCUCCUCCGAACCCCGUGCUACCCCUCUACUUGCCGUAGAAUCGCUCCAUACCAAGUCGUGCGAGGCCGUCCAGCAAUUCAUCACUACCAACGGGUUCUCGUUUCCCCCGGACUCCAAGAAGACUAGGUUUGACGAUGAUGACGAGGACGAGGACGAGGAUGAGGAUGAUGGGAACGACGACGACGAUAUAGCCUCCAUCUUCUCCAAUAUCCUAUCUGAUCGUCCUGCACUGUCAACCGCCGUCCCGUCUUACAAGGCCAGCUCGGAUAGCGAGGUAAAAAUGACGCCUGCCACAUCCACGUCCACGGUCCCCGUCACUUACGGCCGCGAGAUCAGAGACGAGAGAAGCAACAAUAUCAGCAAGCCCCGCACUAAUCCGCCCCCACCAGGUCGCCAGUCCCCCGAAGCGUUCAUAUUCCCAAACAUCCGGCCCCCUUACACGCUUUCUCAGGCAGAAGAGCUAGUCAUGGAGCUUAUGAACGGCCCCCUAUCCAACAACUACCCGCGCUUCCCCGGCCCCCCGCCGCCACCACCACCCCCACCGCCCGGAUACAACACGGCCCCCAAGCCUCAACCCGCCGUGCCCUCCUGGCCCCCCGUCGCGCGCGGCCCAUCCCUCCCGCCAACAAACUUCUCGCCGCCAGGUUCGCGCGGCCUGCCCCGCGGCCAACCCCCCGCCGCCGCCGCCUUCCCGCCGGCCGGCCCGCGGGUGUACGACAUCGCGCUGACGAUACGGUGGCUAGGGCACGGCGAGGCGCGGGUGCUAGCCAGCUGCAAGGCCAGCGUGCAGGCGCUCAAGAACACGGCGAUCACGUACGUGACGCGGCACGCGGGGGCGUUCGAUAAGGACGGGGCGCCGCCGAAUAGGAAUAACCCCAAGUGGAUGGGCUGCGCGAGGUUGAGGCGCGCGAGCAUUCGGAAUGUAAACGACGAGGAGUACGAUUUGAAUAUGGAGUUGUAUCAGGAUGAUGACUUGACGAGGUUUUGUGGCGGGAGGGGCAUUCCGAGGUUUGAGGUGGAGGUGGAGGAUCAGGUGGAUGGGGCGAUGUAGGGGCGAGGCUUGAUAUGUGAUGUGUGAUGCGAUGUGAUGUGAUGUGAUACGAUACGAUACGAUACGAUACGGGGCAGAUUUAGGUAGGUUAGAUAAAAGCGCUCGAGCUUUGGUUGAUAGAGACCCCUUUUCUGUAAGCUUGGGUUGCGACGGGGACGCGGUUCAAAGAGCGAGCGCUGAGAAAUGGGUGUACGGAGAUGGGAUAGGGGUUAGAUUGUCACUUUUACGCGGUUCUUUUCUUUCCUACGGUGUGCUACGGACUGUUUGCUGUCUCUUUACGCGUAUCGGGUAUCUCUGCUGGUCGGU